AUGGUGUGGGUCACAUUUACGACUUCACGCUGGACAAGCAGGUGGGCGCUGACGCACGGCCACGGCCGAUCUAAGCGGCUGUGGUCUUCGCUGCUUCACCCUCCCACCAUCCAGCGCAGCCGCCAGCGCGGCAUCGUUGAGGUCUCCACCCUCACAACGAACGCGUCACUCGAAGAAGACGGCAGAGGAAGCGACAAAGCUGAAGGGGCGCAGAGCGGGGAGAGUGUGCUGCAGUGGCAGGAGCGGAUGGAGCGACGGUACAAGUACGAAGACAUCACGCGGCAGCUCUACACCUACUUCGAAGCCCUCCACGCGUUCCAUCAUCAACGUGCCCCCGACAUCGCGGCAGCAGACACGAACACGAACCGAGCCACAACCACCGCAGACAUGAUGCGCACGCAGUUCGGGUUCGCGCUCGUCAAGCGAAGGAGCACCAUACCCGAUGCGGGGCACGGUCUCUUCCUGGAGGGCGCCGUGAGCGAAGGGACUUGCGUGUGCAUCUAUCCUGGCGCAGUCUACCAGCCAGGGGACCCGCUGCUCUUGCCGUCGCUUCGAAACGACUACCUGAUUCGGCGCUCGGAUGGGUCGUCGGUGGACGGACGACCGCGGGGCCUUUCGCGCUACUUCUACCGUUCCAUCUACGAAAAGUUUGGACCCUUCGCUGGGUUGUGCGAUGCGACGUGGCUCGACAUUAAAGAAGGAGGCACGAACGAGCACAACCCGUUCGGAUGGGGCCACUUGAUCAAUCACAGCGACGUGCCCAAUGUCAUGUACUUCGAGUACCAGUUCCCUCCAGACACGCCCGCGCACUAUCUGUCCUCCAUCCCCAACGUGUUCUACUCCAGCAAGGAUCCAGCCUGCGCGGUCAAGACCAUCGUGCUGAUGGCGAUGCGCCGCAUACGAGACGAAGAGCUCUUCUCCAACUACAACUUCAUCGGGCGAGCCACACCAGAGAGUAGACGCGAUAAGAUAAUGCGAUAA